AUGUACAACGUUGAGGUUGGAUCGGAAUACAGGGAUGUUAGAGAAGCGGAGGAGGAAAGCUGUUCAAACGGUGAAUAUAAGUGCCAUGAAACAAACGAUUUCCAAUACUAUCAGUGUGCAUUUGGUAAAAAAGUAUUGAUCAAUUGUCCUCAAAAUAUAAUUUUCAAUCCAAAAACGAAGAGCUGUGACUGGCCAGUCUCUGGCGUUGACUUUUGCAAAUCAGAUAGAGAUCAGUCAAAAACCACCCGUGUUACCACUCACAGUGUUCCUACUUCUAAACCAUUACAUUCUCUGAAAAGCUGUAGAAAAAGCAAUGAGUAUAAGUGCCAUGAAACAAACAAUUCCCUGUUCUAUAUUUGUACGGGAUUUGAAACAGGCGUAUUAAAAACUUGUCCUGAAGGAACAGAUUUCAAUCCAGUAGCUAGCAUCUGUGUCUGUUCAAAUCUUCCAAAAACUGUCAAGUGCCACAACCAGGAUGAUCAGCCAAAAACCACUACUUCUAAACCCCAACUCACUGGUCCCUGUCAACCAGAACAUUGCAAGCUACCGAAAUGUAAAUGUCCUGGGCCGGAAAUUCCAGGCUCCCUUCCAACAAAUUCAACUCCGCAGAUAAUUCUAUUGACUUUUGACGACGCAGUUCUCCGGCGUACUUUCGUUUAUUACAGAAAUUUGUUUAGCAUGAACCUAACCAAUCCAAACGGCUGUCCUAUUGGAGCAACGUUUUACGUGUCCCACAGCGAAACGACUGAUGCUGCUCUCGUGAAAGAAUUAUAUGACCUAAAGCAUGAAAUAGCUACUCACACCCAAACGCAUAAAUUCCCAAUUUCAUACUGGUAUAGUGCUAGUUACAUUGAUUAUUAUCGUGAAAUUGUUGGCAUGAAAAACUGGCUUAGUGAAAAGGCCAGUAUUCCAAAAGAAAAUCUUGUAGGAUAUCGUUCACCGUUUCUUGCACUAGGGAAUAAGAUCCAGUACGAGACAUUGAAAGAUAAUGAAUUUCUCUACGAUACUUCGAUGGUAACAGGUUCACUUUCUACUACUACAGAAAUACCAAUAUGGCCCUUUACACUUGAUUACCCGGUUACAUAUAAAUAUUGUCAACUUAAAGGCUGUCCAAAGAACACAUAUCCAGGAUUUUGGGAAGUCCCUCUUAUACGUUGGUACAAUGAAGCAGGAGAUGAUUCUUUUUCAAUGGCUGAUGAAAAUAGAGUUCCUCAAAACUCAAAGGAUGUCAUAAGUUACUUGAAAUACAACUUUAAUCGCCAUUACAAAAGAAAUAAGGCACCUUUCGGCAUAUUUUUGCAUAUGCCAUGGCUUAUGAAGAAUUUAGCUGCAUUGCAGACAUUUUUGAAAGAAGUUUCCCUCAAUAACGAUGUAUGGAUUGUGACUGUGUCUCAAGCUUUGCAAUGGAUUCAGAAUCCAGUUCCACUGGACAAAAUUUCUGAAUUCAGUAAUUGGAAAUGUUAAUUAAAUAACUGAGAAGAAGAAA